CGUUUCGUUGAAACCCUAGCCUAGGACAAGCCAGCGUCGGCGGCAGCGGCUACACCAGCGAAAAACAGAGAGCGGCGGCGAGUGGUGGCGGGGUGAAAGGCGAGGUGAGGGCGUCUCGUGAGACGGAGAUGGUCGGGGAAUCCUGCAAAGUUUGUGGAAGGGGAUCGAGAUUGGCGGUUCCAGGAAGGAGAUGGAGAUUGACGAUUCCUGGAAGAUGGGGAUUGACGAUUCCGGGAAGGAGAUGCAUUGGGAAUCCACGCGGUUCACGCGCACGCGUGUAUUCAGGGAGAUGGGCAUCAUCGUGACCACGGAGAUAAUUUCCCUGCUGAUGGAGAUAGAUUUCCUGCCGAGGGAUCAGGAAAUCUUGGUUGACAACCUUCUUCCCUUACAAGGAAAGUCGUUGUUAGUUCGGAGGAAGAACAGAAAUCAGCUAAGAUCUGGACCUUCGCGGAGGUUCCCUGAAAGGGAGCACAUGCCGGAUCAGGCGAGCAAGAGCUCCCAUGUCAGUUCGAUCUCGGAGCAGAUGUCGAUGUGCUCGAGCGAAAUCCAAGAGAAGUUAGUACAAUACUUCAAUUUUCUCUUACACGAGAUGAAGCGCGUGGGCUACAUGAUGAAACACAUGGCAUCUAUUAAGAGGGAAACCGGUAUCCCCAUCUCCGUGGACAAGAUUGUCGAUCUGCUUCAGAGCACGUCCAGAUUAACUCAGAUCUCCUGCCGUGUAGUUGAGAUGAUGAAAGAAAUUACAAAAUCAGUUGAGGAGACUUACGCUGACCACCGUGCCGGCUGGGAAAAUACAUGGGGCAACAAGAGCGGACUUCGCAUUGGCUUCGAGGAUUUAACCACAUUGAGCCCUAUGCACUUCACAUACCGCCAACCCGGACUCAUCCCACGUGGAUACACUUCAAUUUGUGCGAGCACUUUGCAGAUCUACUCCUUGGAAAUUACUGAACUAAAAGGUAACUUGAAAUGGCCACUCUAUGUGUAUGGUGUGGUCGCAGCUCGAGACACCGUGGACCACAAACGCAACCUUCUCUUCUGUCGAUCAAGGGCUAAUUGCCAAGAAGUCACUGAAAACGCUAAAUUUUUGCACUUGAUUGGCCCAUCUCGUGCAAUUCUGGCUUUGGAUUAUGUUCACUUUGAAUUUGAACUGAAAAUGAAAGAUGGAAAGUCAGAUAGAGAUUUGAUCACUCGUGCCUACCGUUACCAUGGUAGACACCAUACUUGUAACAUCAGCAACUGGAAUUGUGCACUAGAGUUAAGCCUUGACCGUCUUCUUGAAACAGUCCAGGCCACUAUCUUGUCGGUUCGUGUUGGUGAAGGCGAGUCAUGGCCUUUUGAAUAUGGAGUCCGAGUUGCUUGCUACUCACAAUCUUUGGAAGUUGUAGAAGUUGACAGUGAGGGCGUUGUUGGAGAGGUUACUGGUCCCAAAUCUGGGCAAGUUGAUUUGCUUCAUUGUUGUGACAAACCAGUGCCUCUAGGGCCAGAUGGUUACCUUCAUCUAUCAAGGCAGGUUGUUUCAGUAGAACAACAAGAUUGUCUUAAAGUUGUCAUCGAAGCAUACUCAUCACCAAAGCUUGAUAUUGCUGCCCGAGGUCAUAUCUACUUCCCCCAGGAGUACUGCAACAUAAGCCAUGGUACAUGUCUCCUUGGCCAGUUAAAGGUGGAGAUUAGUGUUGCCUGGUCCUACCUGGCCGCCGACAAGUUGCAUCUCUUGAAAGAGGAAUAUGCUUAAUGGGUGCCCAGGCAUGUGUGUUGUGGACUGAUACCCCUUUGCCUGAUUAUGGGCCAGUUUUUUUCGGCUUCAGCUUCUCUAGAAACGGCUUCAGCUUCUCUACCCCCAGAAACUGUGGUGGGGAGAAACUCCAGACAAACUUGCAGUCCAGUUCUUUUCGGCUUUUGGCAUUUCAGCUUAUUAUAUGAUCUGUCUGUUGAAAAAUCUGUAAUACCCCUGCUCCGAAAUUGUCUUAGCUAUUUGACUAAU